AGCUGAGAUGUCACGCGGGCCAAGCAAGACCUCCCAAGACCCCGUAGAACAGAAUGGAGAGCUCCCCUCGUCGCUUGGCCACUGCCAUAUCACGCCCGCUCCGAUGAACGUGGCAGCAGCUGCUAGCGAGGACACAGUGGACCUUUUCUUGUCUUCUGACUCCAGUCACAGUGACUCGCUCACUCAAGAGGGACCUGCACCGAGCCGAAACAAAGAGGAAGAGGAGGAGGAUGAGGAAGAGGAGGAAUACGACGGGAAACGACACGAUGGACGCAAACAUUGGACUCGCGCCGAUGAAAUAAAACUGUCGUUAUCUUCUCCUCCUAUUGCGUCAAGUUCGUCUCCACAAAGACAACCUGAACGACCUCAGCGUUUAGAUCUAUCUCCUCCUGGUCUUCCUAGUCUUGGAGCUAAACACACAGACGCCGGGAGUAGCAGCAGUCACAGCUUGGCUAGUGAAGGGAGUCCGGCACGACAGGUCUCAUCGGGAAGAUGGGAACCCCGAGCUUCCAUGAAGCAGGCAAGCUGGUUGGCUGGUUCAGCGAAUAGCCUGGUCAGACAACUGGUCCGCUCCUGGUGCCGCGUAAACGUGUCGCGCGGCGGUCAGAGCCUGGUAGAGUACACACGACAGAUCCCCGGAGAGACGGCGGCCCUAUCGGCCGACCUGAUGGUCCAACACGAAGCCUCUAUAGAGCUGGCUCACGCCGUGCUGGCUGGCGACGCGGACCGCGCAAGGGGACUGCUGUGUCACCAGGAGGCGGACAUCCACACCUGUGACAGAUCUGUGAGAAAUAACUCGUUCGAGUCGAUGACUCCCAUGAACCUGGAAGACGCCGCUGCCCGCUACCACCACUCCGAGGUUCUUCUCCUUCUCAAAAAGGAAGUGACAGAACGUCGGAGGAAAAAUUCUCAACAAGCCACGCCCACCUCAGCGUCACGCAGCGGGGCGCAGUCUGAAAUGGGCGGGGCGAAGUGUUCGAAGCGAGGGAGGAGAAAGAGAAGCCCCGCCUACCACUCACAACAGAAUGUGACUUCAAAAAUGUGCGUCAUAUCAUGACCAACACAUUUUUAGCAGUCAAGAAGUCAAGAUCUCCGCGCCAGUAUUUCGCGAUAACGUUAUUGUAUAACAAC